AUGGAGAGUGGUCUGUCGCGUACGGAGCAGAUUACCCGGUUCGCGGGUUUCCAGGCGCAGGGCGCCCAGAAGCACCCGCUCGGUUUCGGCACCAAAAUGACAGGUCCAGGUAAGAGGCAACUAUGUCACGAUGUGUCUACACUUCCAGGUCCCCUUGCCCCUGUCUACUUCUAUGAGUUCCAGCACCCAUCCAACUUCUUCAAAGAUGUCAGACCACCUGAUGUGAAGGCUGACCAUGAUGAUGAGAUUUCCUUUGUCUUUGGAUCCUCCUUCUGGGGCAGCAAAUUUGACUUCACGGAGGAGGAGGAGCUGCUGAGCAGGAAGAUAAUGAAGUACUGGGCCAUCUUUGCAAGACAUGGGAACCCCAACAGUAUGGACCUGCCCCACUGGCCUGUGUUUAACCAGGAUGAGCAGUACCUGCAGCUGGACAUCCAGACUAAUGUGGGCUAUGCUCUGAAGGCCAACAGGAUGCAGUUCUGGACCAAGAUUCUGCCCCAGAAGAUCCAGCAGCUGAAGGAUGUUGAGAACAAGCACACAGAGCUGUAGCAUGUUAUGCACCAUAGUG